CUUUCACAAAUGCAUCAUUAAAUUAUUAACAACUUCCACCAUAUUAUUGAUUAAUAUUUAAUGCUGUACACACAUUUUGUAUCAUAAUCUAGAUUGUUUUAUCUAAUUAAAACAAAGUCUACAGUUUAAUUGUUUAUUUAAGCUUUUUUUUUUUUUUAGAGAGCAAAUUAUAUAAAUCAAAAUCAAAACUUUUUCUAUAUACAUUUUAUUACCGGUAUAUUACAUGUCUGCAUGUUACUAAUGGGACAGAGACCCCACUUUAUUUUCUGUUGCUCUCAGCAGGACUGACCAAUCGGCUUGUCUCAAACAAAAAUAAAUAAACCGACACACAUUCAUCUUCUAUCACAGGACUAAAUCCGCUCUGAUGUGGACAAAUAACUGUAGUUUAUCAGCCUUUACAAGUGAAAUUAUAGAUUAUCUGAAAGAUUUGCUAAAAUGUUUUACUACCCGGCAGUCCUAAAGCGACAUACAGGAUGUUUCUCUACCAUCUGGCUGGUUGCUACAAAAGGCAUCAGAGUCCCUCGCCGGGAUUUCCUAAAAGUCAACGUCAAAAGCACCUGCGAUGACAUCAUGAACUACGUGCUGGAGCGGGUCCCGCCACCUCGGCCCGGUCUGCCACGACCUCGCUUCUCCCUCUACCUCUCCUCUCAGCUCCAGUAUGGCGUCAUCGUCGUCUACCACCGACAGUGUGCGAUUCUCCUGGAGGAACUUCAGUCCGUCGUGGGCCAGCUGGUGAAACAGAGGACGUCCCAGAAAAUUGAUAUGGAUGACCACAGCAGACAAGCUCUGGACUUCCCUGAUGCCCUCUCUCUCCUGGCGGAGACAGAAGGAGCCCCAGACCCUUUAUUUGGAGUGAUGUACAUGCAGGAUGCCACACCUAGUCCCAAUACACUGAUAAAGAUGGGUCAGGAGUAUUUGAGAGAAACCUCUCCUGAGCAUCCUGAACUGGCCAGUCCAACUGCUGCAGCUGCUCCUGCCGCACUAGAAAGUGACAUAACCGCAUCUCCAGACACCAUUACUCUGAGAGACACAGAGCCUGUCACUAUCCCUAUUGCCGAGUUUGAGGGUGAGGAGCUCGUUGAUCAGCAUCCAGAAAUGAUUGACUUCCUCUUGGCCCAAACAGAUCACUUUCCAGAAGGAGAUUUGGAGAUACCGAGAGAAGAAGUGACACCAGGAGACCUGGAGAAAGAAAGAACAAAAGAGCUCACAGGAUCCACUAUAGAAUUACAGCCCACCACUCUCUCCAGUGAAGACGCCAUGUUGUUGCCUCAGGAAGAGCCAGGUCUGUCCCUAGAGAAGCCUGGACCCCCCACAGACCAGCUCACCCCCGUCUCUAUGCCCGCCCUCCCUGUCCCACCAUCUGCAGCAAAGGAACGUGAAAGACCAACUCUAGAGUUAGAGGAUGUGCCUCCCCCAGAGGUGGAGACGAGGAGGAAGAGGCAGCUGAUCUUCUUUGACCCGGAGACGCAGAUCUCCCAGGAGGUGCUGCAACAGCGGAUCGACAACCCUCUGACUGAGACUAGACGUCCACUUCUACCACCGCCUACUUCUCACAGGAUGCUCCCUGCUUCUGAACUCCUCAACAACCCCUGCACCUUCUUGCCUGAAGAUGUGCAGUUUCUAUGGAGACGGGCUGCGACCGUCACGCCUCUCUCAGGCUCGGACCUGCAGGUUGGGCAGAGAGGGCCCGAGUCCACUGACUCUGAAAAGGAAAGAGAGCGCGAGAUGGUCGAGAUGGUCGAGGCGGCCGAGGCGUCUGAAAGAGAGGAGGAGAGACUUGAGCUCAGCCCCAAGGAGGUCCCCAGAGAUUUGGCAGAAUCAGAGAUGUUUGAUAUUUCAGGCCAUGAUUCACUGCAACUGGAGGGCUCAGAUCUAAGGGACGUGUCUCGAGAUAUCUCCCCCAUGUUCACAUCCGAGAGAGAAGGGUCCACUAUCUCCAGGUCUGUUUCUACACUGCAGGACAUCCCAGAGGUGGUGGACACGUUUCUGGAAAGAGCUGCAGCAGAGGCCCCCGGGCUGCUGCCGGAGUUGGCCGAGCAUGAAACGGCACCUGUGCUUUUUCAGUCUCUUCUGCCGCCGGAGGUCGACCGCAGAACUGUCAGCAACAUUUUUCAGAGGCUCCUGGAGGCUUUAUCGGCCAGGAAGGUACACGUGGAGCAGGAUGAGCCUUAUGGUGACAUAUUGAUAUUACCUGGACCCGAGUACGAAGAGGAGCAUCUGACUUUGUGACGGGUACACGGUCACUCAAGUCCCCACAAGCCUCCAAAACAUACAUUGUUCAGUCUGAUAGAAGAUUAUUUGUCUGUUUCUUACAUUUCCUGUGUUCCCUUUAUCAGAAAGAAAAAAAUCUGGAUUUAAACAGUAUAAAAAAUACAAAAUAGUUUAUCAAAUGUCAGUUUUUAGUCAAAUGUUUUGUUACUGAUAACUUCAUAAGAUUUGUUAUUGGUGUGUCUUGUUGACAUGUUUGAAAUUAUUUAAGUUUUUAAAACAUUUUACCUGCUGUUUCAUAGAAUUACAUUUCCAAAAGCAUGGUUUUACACCAUUGGUCCCAUUUGCUACAGUGACCAACAAGUUGUAUCAACUUUAUGAGAUUUCAGAUGAACAUUUUAACUGUUUUUAUUGUUAUAUAUUAUAUAUUUUUAAAGGCCCACAUGUUACUCUGAACUGAAA